AUGCUCGCGGUGUCCGCCGUUCUGUGUGCGUGUGCAGCCGCCUGGUGCAGUCAGGCUCUUGCAGCCGCCGCGGCCGUGGCUGCGGCCGGGGGGCGGUCGGACGGCGGCAAUUUUCUGGAUGAUAAACAAUGGCUCACCACAAUCUCUCAGUAUGACAAGGAAGUCGGACAGUGGAACAAAUUCCGAGACGAAGUAGAGGAUGAUUAUUUCCGCACAUGGAGUCCAGGAAAACCCUUUGAUCUGGAUCCAGCAAAAGAUCCUUGCCUAAAGAUGAAAUGCAGUCGCCAUAAAGUAUGUAUUUCUCAGGAUUCUCAGACUGCAGUCUGCAUUAGUCACCGGAGGCUGAUACACAGUAUGAAAGAAGCAGGAGUGGGUCAUAAGGAGUGGAGAACUCUCGCAUCACCCGCCUGUAAUCAGUGCCCAAUGGUCUCCACCAGCCCUGUGUGUGGUUCUGAUGGUCAUUCCUAUUCUUCUCAGUGCAAACUCGAAUAUCAGGCAUGUGUCAUAGGAAAACAGAUCUCAGUCAAAUGUGAAGGAAGGUGCCCGUGUCCUGCAGAUAAGGCCACAAGUACAGGCAGAAAUGUUAAAAGAG